AUGACGAACUCAAACUCGGAUCAAUCAGAGCCAGGGACUGCGAGGCAGACAGGGGUGUUCAAGCGCUUUCUCGCAUUCGUCGAAUGGCUCGGAAAUCUGCUCCCGCAUCCAGUCACAUUGUUUGCCCUCUUUGCAGUGGGGGUGAUCCUUGUGUCCCAACUCGCUUCGAGUUUGGGUCUCAGCGCUGCAGACCCACGGCCAGGCGCGGAUGGCGCAGUUUUUUCUGUGCGGAGUCUGAUGUCCGGAGAGGGCAUCCGCUGGAUGAGUGAAAGUCUGGUUACCAACUUCACAGGAUUUGUCCCAUUAGGAACAGUAUUGGUGGCGCUCUUGGGAGUUGGGGUCGCGGAGAAGUCUGGAUUGCUCACUACCGCCGUGCGUGCUUUGGUGCUCGGCGCACCAAAGAAUCUUGUCACAGUGGUGGUGAUCUUUGCGGGAAUCAUGAGCAACACUGCAAGUGAGAUGGGAUAUGUUGUCCUCAUCCCGCUCGCGAUGGCUAUCUAUCACUCGCUUGGAAGACACCCCUUAGCCGGGAUGGCCGCAGCAUUCGCCGGAGUAUCAGGGGGGUACUCUGCGAAUCUGUUGAUCGGUACAGUGGAUCCAUUACUUGCAGGGAUCACUGAAGAAGCCGCUCAGAUUUUAGAUCCCACAUACGAGGUCCACCCGGCGGUGAACUGGUAUUUCAUGAUCGCUAGUACUUUCAUGAUCACUCUUGUUGGUUGGUUUGUAUCAGCCAAGAUCGUCGAGCCGCGAUUGGGGGUCUACGACGAAAGUCUCGCAUCCGAAGACCUCGGAGAGCGUGCCGAUCUAGAACCUGUUUCGAGCAUCGAAUGUAAAGGCUUGCUCUUUGCCGGAUUGAGCAUGAUAUUUGUGCUACUUGGUGUCAUCUAUGUUGCCGGUCCAGGAUACGAGAGUGGCUGGUUGCCAGGCUGGGGAGUCCUCCGCAAUCCUGAUCCAGAAGCGGUUGGCGCAGAAUCGUUCCGACCACUAUUACGCAGUGUGGUCCCGAUUAUUGUGGUCUUCUUCGUAGUCCCAGGGUUUGUCUACGGCCGAGUAGUUGGCACUAUGAGAAAUGAUCGGGAUGUCAUUGAUGCCAUGGCCGGAGCUAUGCGCAGUAUGGGUCUGUAUAUCGUUCUGGUAUUCUUCGCGGCCCAGUUUGUCGCAUUCUUCAACUAUUCAGGUCUUGGUCAGAUCCUUGCUGUUCUGGGAGCGGAUGCGAUUGUCGCUAUGAACCUCGACAACCCGCUUGUGUUCAUUCCAUUCAUUCUGAUGUGCUGCUUUGUCAAUCUCAUGCUUGGUUCAGCAAGUGCUCAGUGGGCGCUCACGGCACCGAUCUUUGUACCAAUGCUCAUGACCAUUGGGUACAGCCCCGAGGUCAUCCAAGCCGCCUAUCGAAUCGGUGAUUCCACAACAAACAUCAUCACGCCGAUGAUGAGUUACUUCGGACUGAUCCUCGCGGUUGCUACCAAGUAUCAGAAGAAUCUCGGUAUUGGAACAAUGGUUGCAACAAUGCUUCCGUACUCGAUCUUCUUUCUGAUUGCUUGGACGGCACUCUUUUACAUCUGGGUUUUCUUGAUUGGACUCCCAGUCGGACCAGGCGCUGAAACCCUGUAUCAGAUGCCCACUGGUGGAUAA